AUGAUGUAAAUAAAUAAUUUAAGGAAGUUCUGGGUGUUUUUGUAUCAUAAUCAGGAGCAGUGAUUUCUGUUGUUACAAUAAAAGGAGAAGGAUGUAAAAUUGACUUAUUAGGAGGUUUAUACCAGAGUUAAACCUCCAGAUAUCGAAAAAGAUUUUGCUAAUAUUUUAAAAGAUGAAUUAAUUGAAACUUAAGUUUAAUUAUUUAUUAACUUGCAUCGUGCUUUAAAAUUUAAAGGAGUAGAUGAUCCAAAUUUUGGUAACAAAAUUAAAAGAGAAAUUGGAAAUGCAACUAUUACUACUACUUAAAUUUUUGAAUAUCAAGUUAAAAAUGAUUAGGAAUUAUAAAAAGAAUAAAUUCAUAUUAAAGAUUUAAAGUCUGUUCCAUUUUAAAAUAAAGUUACUUAUACUAAUUUACAUGGAGAUAAAUUAUAAUAUGUUAAAGAAGCAGAAGUUGAAGUUAUUCAUAAAAGAAUAGCAUAAAAAAACAGCAUAGAUAGGAAAUUAUUAAGAAACUUAAACUUAUAAUAAUUAAUAGGAUGGCUAUGUUCAAAAAAAUGCUGUUAUUAAUAGUAACCCAUUUAAUUAAGAGAAAAAUUAAACUUUCUAAACUCAUAAUCUAAAAUUGUAAACUGCAGUCUAAAAAUAAGAAAUAAGAAGAGACAAAUUAUUCCAGAAUAACCACUUAGCUUUCUUGAUAAAGUUUCUAAUUUUAAAAAAAGAGAAGAAAAGAAACAAAUAAUAGCCAUCUCCUUAAGUGUAAGCUGUAAAAUAAAUAAAGCUAAAUCAGAAUUUUAAAAAUAAAAAAAUCAUAACAAUAAUCAAGAGUAAAAUAAGCAGAAAAAUAAAAUAUUUAAAAACCAGAAUAAGAGAAAGAAAUUCAAUUUGUUCCAAUUAAGAUGA